AUGGUAAGUAGCGAUCACGGACGUGCUGUCCAGUCGGCCUCUCAGCCCAAGUACCAAGUUUCCUUUCCUCCAAGUGUCUGCCGCGGUGAUUGCUUGUUUGCCGCCCCAAAGCUGAAGGUGCUUGCCUCGGACAUAUUCAUCGCUGCAUUUACAGUAAAGCUGAAAGCUAUUGUCAAUAUCCGCCUCGGCGGAUAUUAUUUGAUCGGAUACCGGCGGCUGAUACGAUAUUCGCUGUUCUUUUCCACAGCUGGUCAUGCUGGCGGAUAUGAUUCGCCAAAUUGCGCCGAUAUUCGAGCUAUCCACCGUAUAUUCAAUAACACGGAGAAAGAUGAAACCAUACGGUUUAUCCCACUGGCGAUUGUCCAAGCCGCGGCAUAUAUUUCCGAUCCAAAUCGGGGUCGCUCGGUACGACAGUACCUUGAUGAAUUCCAGAAAAGCGAUCGCAAGAAGUUUUGUUUGUUGGACCACGAAGAGGGCCAGUUUCGUCGAGACUGGGAGGCCAAGAACUCAGUCCUCAUUACAUGGCAGAUCUCGUUUUACAGCAUCCGCCAAAGCCGACGAUCAGCAGCUAAUUUACUGUCGCUCAUGAGUUUCUUUGACCGCCAAGGGAUUCCCGAGACCCGUCUUCGAGAUCGAGGUAGACAGACGAACGGUGAGCUAAAUGAUGACGAUGACGCAGAUGACAGUGAAUCACAAUCCAGCACACAGAUCAGUUCCAAGAUGACAUCCUCACACUGCAAAGGUACUCCUUGA